AUGAUCGCGGACGCGGAAGGCCACCCGCCCGACACGGAUACCGGUCAACCUACCACACCAGACAAGGACACCACCCACAAGGCCCAGCAGUGGGCGAUGCUGCCUCCACGCUUGCCAGCGCGUGAGGACAUGCACGUUCCAGAUCUCCCAGUGCCUGACACGCUCCAAGUCAGGAAACCGGACAAGCCUACCACAACCAUCAACAUGCCCUCAGGCCCACCGGGACAGCUACCGCAAAUUCGAGAGCAGUCACUGCCCGAAUGCGCGGACGGUCACCGUGUGCUGUCUAGUCGCUCCUACGCCGAUGUGUCGCGCCGGGGCGCCGCGCCACAUCUUCCAGCGCCCGCAAGAGUCACACGGAGUGUGACUGCGGUCGCGCCAUCAGCGCCCCCGGCUGGAGUAGCCUGUGCUGCUCCGCCCCCUCCCAAAGAGGGCCAGCAGACUCCCGAGCCUGCCGGACCCAAGGCCGCUGCAAGCGCAGUCAGGCCCGAAGCCGCCGCGAACGUGCCUGCUGUGCAGGCACCAUCCACCACCUCCGAAGAGGUGGGAGGCGGCCCUCUGCAGCUCCGUCCUGGCCGACCACUCUGGGCCAUGCAGCAGGCCCUCGGAGCGGCUGACAGGCUUGGCCUGACGGUCCCGACGUGUGAGGCGCCCGCUGCGUGCUAA